AUGGCUGCUAUUACGCUCGCUUCGGCGGCUUUGCUGGCUGCAGCUCAUGCCCUUCCGCAAUGGGGCUAUGGUGGGCCAGGCGGGUAAGUGAUUGCUCGACACACUGAGAGAUCUGGGGGGAAAGGCUCAUGAUGAUUUAGUAACCCGGGUUGGGGGCAUGGUGGGCAACAACCGCAGCAGAAGUACAAUGUCCAACUCGGACCGCGUCCCUACUACCUCGUUCAGAACAUGACCGACGGCCCCCUCAAGACGAAGCUGGAGUCAUGUGAGAACAUCGAAUUCUCCGUCACCGACUUCACCAUUGGUCACCGUGGUGGAGGCACUCUGCAAUUCCCGGAAGAGACGGCGCAGUCCGAGCAGGCGGGCGCCAGGAUGGGUGCCGGUAUCCUGGAGUGUGAUGUUUCCUUCACCGGAGAUCGCGGGUUGGUCUGCAGACACUCCCUGUGCGAUCUGCACACCACCACCGACAUCCUGACCCGGCCGGAGCUGGCGAAGAAGUGUGUCGUUCCCUUCACGCCCGCCAAUGCCACGUCUCCGGCCAACGCGGUGUGCUGCACCUCGGACAUCACGAUUGCUGAGUAUCAGACGCUCUGCGGCAAGCAGGACGCUUUCAAUGCCUCGGCCAAGACGCCACAGGACUACCUCGGAGUCGCCCCGGACUGGCGCACGGAGCUGUACGACACGUGCGGCAGAGUCCUCACCCUGAACAGCUACAUCGACCUGGUGGAGUCCCUGUCCCCCCAGCGCAACUUCACCCCGGAGCUCAAGACUCCCCCCCAGCCCUACGUCCCCAUGCCCUUCCACGGCUACACCCAACAACAGUACGCCCAGGACUUCGUCGACACGUUCAAGAACCGCAGCAUCGCCUACGAGCGCAUCUGGCCGCAGAGCUUCCUCUACGACGACAUCCUGUACUGGCUGAAGAACGACCACGAAUUCGGCAAGCAGGCCAUCUUCCUGCAGGAAUACGACACGCCCGCGGACAUCGCCAACGCCACCCGCAACCUGACCGAGGUGCGCCAGGCCGGCGUCAACAUCAUCGGCCCCUCCAUCCCCAUGCUCGUCGUCCCCGGGGGCCCCGACAACCGCACCAUCGUCCCAUCCGCCUAUUCCCAGGCCAUCCUGGCCCACGGGUUCGACAUCAUCGCCUGGACGUACGAGCGCAGCGGGCCCCUGGCGACCGUCAAGGCGCGCGACGAAUACUACUUCAGCAGCAUUGCCGACAUCGUCUCGUACGACGGGCAGUACUACGACCUGCUGGACGUCCUGGCGAACCAGAUCAAGAUCAAGGCCCUGUUUACGGACUGGGCGGCUUCGGUGACGUACUUUGCCAACUGCUUUGGUCUCAAGGGCCCGCAGAAUGUUUACCAGUAG